AUGGGACGCUGGCGAAGGACGUCCUCGCGCGCCCGCGGGAGGUCACGCGGCCGAAUGGGAAGGUCCUCCCCCUCGCGAUGGGCACCAUCGAGGCGGUUUCCUUUUCCGCCCACUCGGAUGGCCGCCAGACGCGCGAUUUCAUCCGGCAGCUCCCUCGGGUGCAGCACACGGUCCUCGUCCACGGCAGCCCGGGCGCGAUGCGGCAGCUGCGGAAUAAACUCACGCAGGACUUCGCCGAUCGCGGCAUGGUCGUCCACGCGACGACGAAUCAGGAGGCGAUCCGCAUCCCCUUCGUGGUGGAGCGGCGCGCGAAGGUGA